UUGGCCUCUCAAAAUUCCGACGCUGAUUUUCUAUUACUAUUUUCUCUCCUCUUUCUUUUCAAACCAAACUCAAGAUUUUCUUAAUUUUUUCUUCCUUUCUCUUCUUUUCAGCAAGUUAUAAAUACCCAAAAACUGACGUGCACCUAAACACGAAGAGAGAGAGAAGAGGAGGAGGUAAACGAACUGACGCGCGACCCCCGGGCGACCACCAGCCUCACCUUCCGCCUCUGGCGACCACCACCAACACCGGGUCCACAUCCAGUGACCAACCCUUCGCGAAAAUCUACGCACCACCAAGGACUAAUCCACCGCCAAGUUUGACAGGAGCUGAGUUUGACAAGAGCUGAAUGACUGAAACAUGUAAAAUGAAUCAGCUUGCAAAUUCAUUUUCUUUGCUUGAAUUGGAUGUUGGAGAUGAUCGAGAAGUUACUAUUGUUCGUGAUCAUCAAGAAAAUGCUAAUGGAAGAGGUAAAGGUAAGAAAAAAGGUGACAGCUCUGCUGGCAUGACCCUCUCAAAGAAUAACAAUGGGGUCCCACAAAGUGUAGAAGUGGUUUCAGGAGACUACAAGUUGCCCCUUGUGUGGAUUGAUUUGGAAAUGACAGGUCUCAAUGUGGAAUUCGAUAGAAUAUUGGAGAUUGCCUGUAUAGUUACGGAUGGUAGUUUAACGAAAUCAGUUGAGGGUCCUGACUUGGUUAUCAAUCAAAGUAAAGAAUGUAUGGACAGAAUGGGAGAAUGGUGUCAGACUCAUCAUGCAGCAAGUGGAUUGACAAAAAAGGUACUCCGCAGUAAGAUUAGUGAACAAGAAGCUGAAAAGCAGGUUACUGAAUUUGUGAGGACAUGUGUAGGCACUCAUACGCCAGUUCUUGCCGGAAAUUCAGUUUAUAUGGAUUUUCUGUUUUUGAAGAAGUAUAUGCCAAAUUUGGCCGGCCUGUUCUCUCAUGUACUUGUUGAUGUUAGCAGCGUCAGGUCUCUAUGCAUUCGUUGGUACCCAAGAGAAAACAAGAAGGCUCCUGUGAAGGACAAGAAGCAUAGAGCAUUGGAUGAUAUCAGAGAAAGCAUAGCAGAGCUCAAGUACUACAAGGAGCAUAUAUUCAAGACUAAGAAGUGAGCAAAAUGAGACUGCAGAUUUCAGAUUGAAGUGAUAUCUCAUGUUUAAGCUAGUGUGAUGUAUGGCGUAGGCGUAAAGUGAUGCAAGGGGUCAGAUUAUACAAUCAUUCUCGUCGAGUCUGACGUCACUUGAACGAGACCAAAAUUGUUUGACAGUAUACAGAAUUGCUAUGGAACUUUUACAAGUGCUCCGAUUUUAGCUUUCCAUUGUAAUCUAAUGAAUGAUGACCACAUUCUGCUCUGCUGUUUCAAUAUUGGAUUCUGAUAACCAACA